ACAACAAACCCAAUACGACACGAAACAAGUAAAUUUUUAAUUUGAAGAAAGUUAAUAUUACUCAAAAAAACAAAAGACUACAAGACAAGUCUAUUAACAACAAACAAAAACAAAUGAAAGAAAAAGGUCUAAAAACUACUACAAAAUCAUUUAACAAUAAACGAAUAAAGAUACAUUGAAAGAAGAUCUUUGAGGCGAAUUACUAUAUAUGUAUACCGAAACUUAAGAUUAAAACGUCUAAAAGCAAAGAAAAACUUUGGCUGUUCCAUCCACAAAAAAAGAACUUGUUUAUUUUAAGCACAGCUUAUUACAACAAUAUAUUGCAGCAGCUAUUUUGCACGAUUGUGUGCUCUUGCACACAACAGCAAGCUUUACGGGUUUCGAUUGAACUAACUCGGCUGGCAGCCUGAAAGCUUCCGGAAAGUGUGUGUAACAACCCUUUGUCCUCGCUGUUGGAUAUGAAUCGUCGUACCUCGGCAAAAUGGGAAGAACUGCCAUCAUUGGUACUUGGCCAGAUAUACGAAUACUUGGAGCCACAUGAUCGUCUAAAUGCCAGCCAAAGCUGUAAGCAUUGGCGUAGUGUAAUAUUCCAAAAGAGAUUCUUUGUAAAUUUUAAACUUAAACUUAAUAUUGACAACGAUCGUCAGUGUAAAUUUUUCCGCCAUACUCUCUACAAUCUGACGAAGGAGCUUAUUAUAAUUUUUGAUUUUAUAAAUGUGUUCCACAUUGAAAAAAUACGACGCAUCUUAUAUAGAAUUGCACGAUGUGAUAAUUUACAAGGUUUACGUUUUCAAACGAAUAAUGUUGGUUUAAUGCCACCGGGUGAUAUCAGCGAAGAAGGUCUAGUCGAUAUAGAACAACUAUUUGUUGAACCAUUGAAAGUAUUUUUAAAUCGCAAGAAGACCUCUUGCAUUAUUUUGGAUUUAGGUGCAAUUGAAGCUUUAACAUACUAUGGUUUAGACUUCCUGAAAUCUUUGAGCCGGCCUCAAGACCUAAAACAGCUAACAUUGGCCUCCAUCAAAUAUGAUCCUAGUCACUAUCCCAUGUUUCCAAUGGAAAAUAGCCUCCUACAGAAAUGUUCAUCACUGCAAGUGCUCUCACUCGAUUAUGAUACUCUCAACGAAGAGCUUUUGCAUGUAUUGAAAUUUUUGCCUCUAAAGAAAUUCUUGAUUUGUGUUCAUGGUUUGGAUCGUCAUCAUGCCGGCAUAUCUGAAAGAGCAUGGGCCGAAUUUUCGGCUAAUUUUACAAAUCUCGAGUUGAUUGUAACACUCGUGUAUGCCUUUGAAGCCGUUGAAGUGCUUCAAUUGCGCAUAUUGCGACAGAAUAUGCCCAUAACACAUUUAAGAGUAUUGUUUUGUGAUUACAUGAACGUUGAAGCAUUGGACUGGAUAUCACUUAAUAACAGUGCCACUUUGAAAAGUAUACAAUGGAUUGAUUCCGCCUAUAAACAUUCCGAUAAUAAUACAAUGGACUUAUUUUUACGUACCGGCCAGGAUCCACUUGUAAUGAUGUCAUGGCGCUGCAAAAACCUAGAAGAAAUCGUCAUACAUGGCUACGUGUUGGAUCCCCAUAAUAUAGUGGGCAUUUCGCGUCUACGCGGACGUACCUUAAAACGUUUAGAGGUAUCUAUGAUUGACAGCACUCCCAAUGAAGCCAGCAUGGAUUCAUUUAUUGAGGAAAUCAAUACAUUAUUAGGCCAAAAAUGGGAACCAUUUAAUCUCAAUAAUAUGCAUCCAGCCCUUGGCUAUAUGCCAGUCGCUGAUGAUGUGCGUGAUGAAUAUGUCUUCGAUCUCAUAAGACGUGAUAUUUCUAAUUAGAAACGAAACAAAAAAAGAAUAUAAAACAACAACAACAACAACAACAACAGCAGCAGCAACAAAAUGAAGCAGAUAAACUAUAGAAACAUCUUAACACAAAAAAAUGGAAAUUUUACACAAAGAAAGCCAUUAGUUCUUUACUAAAACUAAUCAUCUCUACAAUUCUAUUACACGCAUACACAUUAAUCCAAUAAUUAUGAACAAGUUAAGCGGAAAUCCCAUUACAGCUACAACAAAGCGUCACUCACCAUACCAUACAACAGCGAAUAGUCAUGCAAAGUGUACGUGAACGUGAGCCUGCUGAUCCUUAUACUAAAUCUCAUCGACAUCUGUGAAAUGCAGCACCAAACAAAAAAAAAAAAAACAGCAAGAUUUUUAACCAAGAAAAAAAUCACAAGAAAUUUUGUAAGAAUUAACUUUAAAACAAAAUGGGUAAAUAUUGUUAUAUUAUGUUUUAGGAAAAAACACAAAAACAAAAAACAACAAAUCGCAUGACAGUGAUAUAUUUUUAAUUAAUUUUUUCCCCUUCUUAAAUUAUAUAAACAUGUUUGGGUUUUAAGUCUAUAUAUACAAUAUA